CUGCACACAGCAGGGGGUUGGAACUGGAUAAGCACUGUGGGCCUUUUCAAUCCAGACCAUUUUAAUAUUGGGCUGAGUGAGCCCAAUAGGAACCCAAGUGGCAGAUAUAUCACGAGCAGAGCCAGAAACUCUCAUUUAAGUGUCUUAUCUUUCCACGUGGAGAAACCAAACCCCCAGGGGUACAAGAGGCAACGAGCUUGUUAUAAGAACUCCUCUUGUUCAGUCAGAGCAUCGUUACACCCCACAGCAAUUAAUAUCUCCUUGCUGGGUGGUGCUUCCUGCUAACAACUGGGAAGUGAUUGCUUAGAAGCUCCUUUUUCUAUGAGAAGAAGGUGGUGCUCACCUGCUAAAACAACCACAACGCUUUGUUUUCCAUACUAAAGAAGUUAAUCUCCAUUUGCCAGCAGUUCCUUCAAGCCUCUGGAAAAAAAGAGGCUGCUGGGAGGACCCUGAGUCCCAUAUUAUGCAGCUACUGAGGAAACUACAAUUCCCAUAGUGCUUCCACAUACUGGUCCUGCAGUGACAUCAGACGCUCUAUGGGCACAGACUGGUUGUAAAGCAAGAAGACCAAACAUGUAAGCUCACUGUUUCUUUCACUUCUGCAGCAGGGCCUUUGGCAGCGUGAAAUCUCUGCUUGCUAAGGGAGGAUUUCGCUUGUUGCAGAGACACUUAAGGGCGAGCAAUCCGUGCUGCUUCUCUUAGUGCUGUGCAGCCCUGGGAAUAGCUCCGUGCAGGAAUCUCUCAGCUCCAGCGUUGACACUUGGUCUCUAUGGACCCAUUCCACGCUCGCAGCAUGAAAACAGCUGCAGUUGUGCUGCAUUCAUCCCUCCGCUUCGGGUUAGUGAGCAGAGCGGGGCUGCCCUACAGCCGCACGCAUCGGGGGUGGGAGCUGCGCAGCCUUGGCUCGGUUUUUCCCCCCUUCUGUGUGUGUUCAUUGUUCGGGAGAGGCGGUUCGUGUCCGUAAGGAAACUGCAAAACGAUCCAGCCAAACGAUUUUUGCAGCGUGGUGUUUGCUCAGGUUGCUAUGAUGCUGCAGUUUGAAGUGCGGUUGUUUGUCGAUCCGGCAGCGCUCAGCCUUACAGGAGGUUGAGUGUGAUUAAUACCUGAGAAUCCACACACAGACAUCUCUUAAUGUAGACCUGCUUUCUAGUGAGGGUCGUGUUGUGAGCCUCGCAAAGUGGUUGGGAAACUCGAGGCUUCUUGCUGUUGUACUCGAAGACACUGGAAAAACUUGGAGAAACUGACAAACAGGUUAAAUCUGCCCUUAAGUAUCUGAAUUUCUGCUUGGAUGGCAAUGCUUCAUACAUCACAGAAGAGAUCUUGGGUGCUGCUAAGGAGGACAUGGUCAAACCAGCUACCACACGUAGUCAUUACAAGUCACAGGUAAAUAGCAAGAAACAAAGAAUGGACACUCAGUUAAUUUCCCCAUUAUUUGGAGCAAUUACCAGCCCUUCACCUCCUUUAGAAUCUUCCUGUCUGCGCAGUGACUGCUCAGCACAUGGGGAAGUUGUUGGCACCAAAACUCCUUUCCAAGACUGCACUGAAACACGGGCACAGAUCAAUCUUUCUUAUUCAGGCAAUGGCCCUGAUAUGGUUGGGCUGGUGUCGAGCAUCUUAGAGGAGCCAAACAAGGUAGAACCAGCUACAGAUUGGAAUUCACUCUCGAGAUUGUUUCCACCAACGUGGGCUUCUGAUUUAGGAAACAAUGGUGAAUUCUCAGGGCUUUCAUUUGAGCACACUGUAGGCAAUGAGGAUUUGAUGUGCGUGCAGAGCUGCUAUCAAGAGCAGCUGCUCCAGUCACACAACAUGGAGGUGUUGCACAGAGGUGUGGAAGAUCUUUAUCUGAUCAAGUCUUGGCUUUCUCCGUCUGACCCCUGCACUAAUCCUGCUAAUGCUCUGAAAAAUGGUUAUCCUGAAAAUUCCUCUUUGGAAAACAAUAAUUCCAUUCUCCAAGUAGGGUGUGCGUUUCAAGGUGCAGAUUGUGAUCAGCAUUGGAGCAGUUACGAGCAGCUGAGCUUAAAUGAAGACUCUGAAAAAACUGGUCCCAGCUUUAGCACUUCUUCUCAGAACAGAAUUAAAGAUGGCACUAUUGUUCAGAAAGGGUGCUGGAGAACUGAGAGAGCAAGGGGCAGCAUGAUGAAAAAUGGUGUGUAUGAACAAACCAAACAUUCUCCUGGUCUUUCUAAUCAGUCUGUUGGUGACUCUUGGGAUGAGGUGUCCCAGAACAGCCAUUUCUUUUCUAAAAGUUAUGAAAACUUGACAGCUGCUCAGAAAUCCCAGUCAUCUGCUCGUCCAUCGCUGUCUUUUUUCAGUCAACCAACAGAGGAAAGUUGUUCUGGAGUGACAAAUGGGAAACCACAGGAAACCCAUGUGCAAAAUGAUCAUCGAAGCUUUACUUUAGGGGAUGUUUUUAAUAAUAAUAACCAUAAUGAAUGUAAGAACCAUGUUAGUCCUGAAGAGUGCUCUCAUAGAACGUCUGAGUUUGAUUUGUCAGUAAAAAAUAUACAAAAUGGGAAUUACUUGUUGUACCGUGGGCACAUGAGGCUGGAUGGGAAAUCUGCAAGUCCAACAGUUGCAUCAGAUGUUGUGUUUGGAAAGGAAGUGGUUAUGAGCACGCAGUCAUCACCUGGAGCUGCAACCACAUCUGGGGGCUCUUCCCCCCAUCAUCCUAUGACACAUUCCUCUUAUUACUCACAGACCUCCCCAGUCCUUCCAUUGGGAAAAGACAGAAGGUUACAAAUAUCGAGUAAUACUUCUAACAAUUUGAGAGUUUCUCAUUUCAUCUCAGACAUCCGGAAGCAAAUGAACCCCUUUGGCCACUCACAGUGUGAUUCUUUGACUAGUAAGGAGUGGCAGCAAUGUAAGUUGCCUGUUAAUUUUCCAUCCAGCUGGUUAACACAGCACAGUGCUUUAAGCAAAGACCCUGGAAUGUGCCACAGGUUUCAAAAUAGGCAAACCCAGGAAAACAGCAAUAAAGAUGUUAGAAGGAGCAGAAGGAACUGGAUUCCUCACUUUGAAUAUGCAACCCCAAACUGCCAGCAGUUCAACAUGCUCCAAAAGAGCCAUGAACAGAAUGGCAGCAUCGUGUCAGAUUUUAUCAAUCCUUCUUUUCUUCCUUCCUUCCCAUUCAUGUCGGAUUUUAAGCAAACUCCCAGCUUUUCUCCAUUUAAUCACUAUCUGUUUUCACUGGCAAAGAACUUCAGUUUUCCUCCUUCACCUUUUCCAUUCUCAGAACUCAUUGAUCUUCUUCAUUAUGAUGAUUUUAACCACUUGAAUCCCUUCAUCACUGAUCUGUUUUGUGGGGAUAUAACUGCCCCAUACAUUACAUUUCCAAUGCCAUUUAACAAGUGCAGACCUCCCAGGAGCCGCAGUGGACCUGCUAAUGAGCUUCACACCCAACUGGAGGAGUGUUACGAGCAGUGGAGAGCUUUGGAGAAAGAGAGGAAAAAGACUGAGGCUGACCUUGCAAGGAGCUUUCAAGGAAGGUGCCUUUCUAGCUCCAAUACGGCUCCUGUGUCUCAGCUCCCUGCCAACCCAUCUCGAGUGGAUCGUCUGAUUGCAGACCAGCUCCGAGAACAGGCCAGGAUGCUCACCUUACUAGGGAGAAUGGAAAUGCUUUUUGGUGUCCCUGCGCACAGUAAUGUAUCUGCUGCCUUGAAACACCACAUGGAAGCCAUCCACGUAACGCAGGCACGGCGUAAGGAUGAGAUUGUUAACGCUGUUAACCCACAGAGACAAGGAGUGCUGCGCUAUAGCAAUGAGAAAGAUGUUCUGGCUCUGGCAGCUGCCAUCAGAGAACUGGCUGCUUCCACACGCAGGGCUCGCACUGCAUUAUGGUGUGCAUUACAGAUGGCUUUACCAAAACCCUCCCCGAGCAACCUGGUAAAGCGUGAAGCUGAAGGGACAUCACAAGAGCUUUGUACGGCAGACACAAGCACACGAGGAUCUGACAGCAUGGAGUAUGACAGCACAAGAAGCAGAGAAGAAAAACCCAAGGAACCCAUGAGGAUAUUGGAAUAACAGCUAAUAGUAAUAAUAAUAAAGGGAGGCAGAAGGCCGAGGAUAUGGGGAGAAGGGUGAAGUGGCCUGUGUUGUACUGACAGUGUUUUCCAUAGGCUAUCAGAAACCCAUGAGGUUACAAGAAUUGAUCAGUGCUACAGUUCUGUUACUGUGAUUCUGGUGUUGAGAGACACAUCCCUUACCAGUGUUAAUGCAAUGGGAAUAUUGCUGGUAUUACAAUGUCUGCUACGUUAGAAUUUCAGGAAGAGGAACUAAACAAUAGCUGAGCAUUUAUUUCCUUGUCUGCUUAUCCAAAGCUACAUAUCAGCUGUGAUUCAAGCCAUGACCUGAGUAACCAGUGUGGUAGAACUUAAUUCUCCUUUCUGUGUUAAUGAUAUAGCCUAAAAGAGAGGGACAGAGUCAUUUGAAAGGCAUUUCAUUCAGGUGCUGAUUUGUUUUGCACCAUUAAGUAGUUCUUUUCAGUGCCAAAGUGAUCAGAAAGCAGGUAGCACCCUGUCAUGGAGCUAUCCGUGCUCCUGUGUUGUUUUUCAAUUGAGGAACUUGGAUUAUUGCUAUGUUUGAGAAUAAGCAGCAUUUAAUGGUGGUUUUGUGAGAUGCUUCAGCAUUUUGCUGCCAGUUUCUAGCUAAACCAACGUAAAAUGAGAUUUCCUAUGUCUCAUCCCAAGUAACAGCACUUAUUAUAUCUUAAAUACAAAGAUUUUGGGGGCUUGCAGUGAGCUCUGCAUUGAGAUGCAUGUUAACAGGAGACUGCAAGAAAGUGUGACUCGGGAUUAGAAUUGAGAUUGAUUUCUCACUGGUUUAUAAACCAAUAACUAUACAGCAUAGUGUGCACUGCACUGCAAAAUGCUCUGUGUUAACCGUGUGUGUUUGUGGUACUACAGAUCUAUGGGAGCAUUCCAUAUUUAUUUUAAUGCGUUUAUUGAGCGUUUAUUUAAAAUUCUAUUUUAGUAAUGUAAAGCUGGAUCUUUUGCCAAACCUUCUGAAUAAUCAGAUUGAACGAUUUACUCAGGAAAUAUGUCUACUCUUAUAGAAAUAUACACAUAUACAUGGGGAUUUCUUGAGGAGACGGGUGUUUGCAAGGUAUUUACACAAAGCUACAUAUAGACUAGGUUACCAAAGCUAUUGAACUGGUUUGUUCUCUGUGUGGAAGACACAUAUUGCACUGCUGUUACCUCGUGUCCAUUCUGUGGCUUAGACAAUCAGGAUUGCUGUGUUUGUGUGAGUGUUCAGGGGGAGAAUUAGAACAGAAUAAGUAAUUCUAGGUUUCUUCUUAUGGCACAUAAAUAUUUUCAUGCUUUAACAGCUGUCUUAAUGCAACAUCAUCGCUUACAUGUGACUACUAACCAGCCGUGGCUCUUAGCUAUUGCUACAGUAAUGAAUGGCUUUGGAGAGCAGUCUUUGCUUGAAAAGUGAAUUAAGCAUAAGGAAAGUUAUUGAGAGGUACAAAUGAAGAUGUAUCUGUGUUCCAUAGCGUUCAUGGUUACCUGUAUGUCAAUGGUUUAUGGGCUGGCUUGGCCCACAUCUGGAGAAGUGGAGUCUGCAGUAUUUCCAUCCGUGGCUAAUUCUUAAUUGUGAUUACUGCAUUGACAGGAAGGCAGUGCUGGGAAGCCUUGAUCUGCCUUUUUGCUCACAGAACAACUGCAGAACUGCAUGUUGUAUCAGUGUGUGUAUAGAGCGUGGUCCAUCUUAUUGUACUGCUGUGUAUUAAUCAUUACUCUCAAGGGACGUGUUCUCCGCUGAUUCACAAUGUAGUUAACGUGCCUUCAGCAGCCUGUAUCUGAGCACAGUAAAUAACAGUACGCUCACCUCUAUUUUCCACUGCUGUUUAAUUAACUGUUUACAAAGAGUCACAGUGUGGCUGCAUUGGACUGCAGCUAACAGCUGGGGUAGGCUGGUCGUGCUGUGCACCAUCACAGUGCAUGGGUAUAUACAUGUUGCACUGAAUUGUUGCUGUGGAUAAGAACGAUGCUCCUGGCGUUAGGUACUGAUCAAACUCACGUUUGCUGACUUCAAUGAGGGUGAAGAUUUGGGCUAUUAGCUCAUGCUUAACCCAGAGAGGUCUCUUCAUUUCAGUGUCUGAAUUUGUUUCUUAUUUAUAUUGUUUUCUUCCCGUUUGUGAAGCUUUGUUUCCCCAGACAGCUGUACUGAGAUUGAAUUGAUUUCUUUUCUUGGGCCAACAUUUGCAGUUUACCUUUGCAGUGAGCUGUAGCAGUGAUGCGGAUCUGCUUCCAUGUAACAAAACAAGAUGCUUCAAAGUCCCCUCUCCAGUCCAAGUUAUUGCUAAGUUUGGUGUUUUUUUAAUGCAGAGUGGAUCUGUCAUGUUUUAAAAUCCCAAAUCGAGAGUCCAGUGCAAGAUAGAAUUUAAGGAUCAGUUAUUUCUGUGCACUGCAAAUGCAUUCGGACUCUUGUGAUUUGAUCUUGCUGUUUCUCUGAAGAAGGGCCUGCAUCAGAGCUAGGGUUUUGUUGCCGUCAUGUUUGGACUGCUAGAGAGGUUAUGCAACCAACAAACCUUAAGCCUGUAUAUGUUAUUUAAAGCUUAUUUUCUUACUUAUUCUGAGAGCUGCCUUUGUUUUAUUCUGUUCAGGAGUGAUGAUGUUAAUGCUGCACGUUGGAGCAACCCUAAGCAGUGGCACAUUGAGGAUCUUGCUCUUAGUAUCGUUACUGCUCUGAUGGAGUAUUUAAGCGAUAUAAAAUAGAAGGUCAUUAUUUUUCUUCAUUAGCAAUACUGUAAUCAGAGGUGCAAAAAAAAAUGCGUGUUGUCUGCUUUUAGAGACCAGAUAUAGACAGGGUUAGGAGCAACAUGGAGAAAUGGGGGGAAGUGGAGCUAUAAACCUCUCUGCUUGUUUUCCUUUCUAAUACUCAUUUGGCAAUGAUUCGCAUGCAGGCUCUCAGAAGAGGGUAAGGAAGGAUGCAGUCAACUUGCAAUCAUUGCCAGCUGGAAGUUACUUCACCCUUUUUUACUUGUAUGAAAUACAACCAGCUGAACACCCAUUUAUGCACAGUGAUAACCUAACCAUCAUUUUUUCACACAAUUAGGCUGCUUCCAUUAUAUGUGGGAAGAGUUUCCUUUUAUUUUAUGACACGGGCAAAGAUUAACGUUGUCUGUAUUUUAAUGUACUAUGUGGUGUCUGAAGCAUCUUCUACCUGUUUGCUGUUCAAACUCAUGUAUUUAAUAGCAAGUUUGACACUGCUGGUGUCACACUGCAGGAGGUGGGCUUAGAGCUGAUCUGUUCAGUAGAUCCAACAGCAAUAUCUGCAAGUAUGACUUAGCUAAUAUUUAAAUGCUAAUAGAAAUAAUUGCUGGUGAUACAACAACCAAAGUUGAUGAGAAGGCUUGUGUUACGUGUGUGAGUCUCAGGAAGGAGAGUGCUGUACUCAAUAAUGGCCAGUGUAAUUUAUUAGGGUAUUACGUAUGUAGUUUAUUCUAUUUAAAUAACCAGCUGUGUUGUAUGCCUCCUUAAUAAACAGUUAUGGCUUGUCGUUUCAUUUAGUUCAACUUACACUACUCACCAGCUGCUGUUCUUCAAGAGAGUUUAACUUGUUUUGUUGCUCUGCCUUGAAAAGAUGUUGCGUGUUCUGCUUUAACACGGUUUAAAAAGGAAAAAAUAAUUAAAUCUUCACUUUAUAUGG